AUGAAAGGACAUGAAUCCAACGGUUCCGACGACACUUUAAGUGAGGACUUUGAAUCAGAUUUGCUUCCNCCCCCUCGCUACGACCAGAUCUACGACGCUAGUCACGAUCCUGAGGCGGUAGAACCCGAAGGAGAAGGUCCCUACCACAUCAGAGGUAUUCGGAUGUCUAGACGAGCAUCAAGUAACGAUACUGAUCUCCGAAACUCUNNAGAUGAUGGACGUGUGGACAUUGAUUUCAACUCAAGUGUCAUUCGAGCUUUCUCCAAAUGCUUUCCUUCUCCCGCAGCUGAAGACCCAGAACCAGCUCCUCCUGCUUACGAUUCCAAAAAGCCAGUUGUUUUUGGUACUGCAUCGAACCUGAAAUGGACGGUCAAGCUCAACAUUGUUAUUCAAGUUGUGGGCUCGAGGGGCGAUGUACAACCCUUCAUCGCUCUAGGCAAUGAGUUGCAGCGUUACGGCCACAGAGUCCGAAUUGCUACUCACGACAUAUUUGCCGCCUUCGUCCGACAAGCUGGACUCGAGUUCUAUCCUAUCGGAGGUGAUCCGGCAUCCCUGAUGGCAUACAUGGUCAAGAAUCCUAGUCUCAUGCCUUCGAUGAAGACACUCAUGUCAGGCGAGAUUGGUCGCAAACGUCAAAUGGUCGCUGAGAUGCUUUCGGGCUGUUGGGACUCAUGCGUCCUGCCGGACCAGUUCAGUGGUGAACCUUUUGUUGCGGAUGCCAUAAUUGCAAACCCUCCAAGUUUUGCACAUGUACAUUGCGCGCAAGCUCUGGGUAUCCCUGUCCACCUCAUGUUUACGAUGCCAUGGACAAGCACGCGCUCCUUCCCGCACCCCUUGGCAAAUUUGACCAACGUUGACGAAAGUCAUGCAACGGCCAACUACAUGUCAUAUCAUGUGGUCGAGCUGAUGACCUGGCAAGGAUUGGGUGAUGUGAUCAAUGAUUGGCGAGAGAGCAUCGAGCUUGAGCCUAUCAACUUUUGGGAUGGCCCAGCAUUGACACAAAUGCUCAAAGUCCCCUUCACCUAUUGCUUUUCACCAGGUUUAGUGCCUAAGCCCAAAGACUGGCCAGAAUAUGUUGACGUAUGCGGGUUCUUCUUCCGCGAUACACCUGCCUACGACCCCGAACCUGGUCUCGUGAAGUUCCUGGCCGCAGGACCUCCACCUGUGUACAUUGGUUUUGGUAGCAUUGUCCUCGAUAAUCCUGCCAAGAUGCUGUCUAUAAUUCUCGAUGCUGUAAGGGCUUCCGGUGUGAGAGCAAUUAUCUCGAAAGGAUGGUCUGAGCUCGAUGGCGAAGCGAGUGAAGACAUACAUUAUAUUGGUGAUUGUCCACACGAAUGGUUGUUCCCACGUGUGGCAGCUGUUGUGCAUCAUGGCGGUGCAGGUACUACCGCGUGCUCAUUGCGCAACGGAUGUCCGACGCUGUCAACCUUUUGGGGACAUAUGGUUGCUAACGCUGGUGCUGGUCCUGAUCCUCUACCACCACGUUAUAUGACUGUGGACACGCUAGCUGAGUCUAUCCGCUUCCUGAUGAAGAAAGAGACAUCGUUAGCAGCUGAGGUUCUUGCUGAGCGUAUGGAUCGCGAGCAGGGAGUCCAGGCCGCCGUGAACUCUUUCCACAGACAUCUUCCUCUCGAGAUGAUGCAAUGUGAUCUCAUCUCUGACCAACCAGCAGUUUGGACAGUCAAAUACCAAACGAAACCUUUGACUAUCGACCCUGUCCGCUGGGACCCUGUGAGUGGCCCAACAUCCGCUUUUGUGGGAACUACGAUGGACAUUGGAGGCUGCCUCACCGGCAUGGUCACUGAGCCAAUCAAAGCAUACCGCGACGAGAAACGACGACAGGACAAAUCCAAAGCGCUUGACACACCCAUGGGGACCCAGCAGGUGGGAGAAUCAAGUACAAGCGUACAUACCGUCACAUCAACAAAAUCCCGCGACAAAGAUUCAUCCGCAGGAAGCAAAGCAGCAUUGGCAGGUGCGAAGAGCCUAGGCUGGUUGGCACCAAAAGCCAUCAAAGGGAUGAUUGUGGACAUGCCCUUAGCCAUGGCUGAAGGAUUCCGCACCGCACCCAAACUUUACGGCGAUGAAGUAAGAGACCACGGUAAAGUGACAGGAGCUGGAAGCGGUUUUGCUGUGGGUGGUAAAACUCUCGCAUACGGCCUGUUCGAUGGUAUCGCGGGUCUUGGUAUACAGCCUUACAAAGAUUAUAAGAAGUCCGGGGCUGUCGGCAUAGCAAGUGGACUGGGGAAGGGACUAGCCGGUCUCGUGACCAAGCCCGGGCAUGCUUUCGUUGGUUUGUGGGCGUACCCAACCGUCGGUAUUGCGAAGAGCAUACGGUCUGCGGUGUACGACAAGUCUCGCAAGCUGGUUGAAGCACAGCGCGCUGCCGAAGGUCAAUGGCUAGCAGAACACCAGCAGUGGACGGGAAGCCAAGUGAUUGCGUUGAUGGAGAAGUUCAAUGACUUAGGCUCUAAAAAGAAGUAA